AUGUCCGACCAGAAGAAGCGGGGCAGUGACGACAAGGUCGCAAACACUCACCGCAACGAGACCAAUUCCUCCCAAGGUACCAAUGAACGCCCGGAAAGUCCUUCUCUAGCUACUCGAAUUCAAAACUCAGCUUCCGGGCUUGCAAAGAAUGUGUUUUCUGCCCCUGGCUCGUCCGCAGAUUCCGCUCAACUGCUGGCGGGCAGCGGUAAGGCCGGGCACUCAUCGUCACACUCGGCGCUAGCCGCAGCAGCCCAGCAGUACACAGAUAGUUCUACUACUUCUGCCUCUUCCUCGACCGGGAAUUCUUCACUACCUGCUGCUGCGGAAACAUUUCGCUCAUCUUCUACUACGCAACAGGGAGGGUUCCAGCUCCCUCCACUCUCGGAAGAUGAAUUCCAGCGUACUUACGGCGCGGAAUCCCUUGUUGGAGACAAUGGCAGCUUCAUUACAGGUCUAAGCGCAGACGAAACUACCAGCAAGGGAAAAGGGAAAGGAAAAGCAAGAGAUACAUCAACGGACCUGCCCUCCAGCGAUCCAACUAAUCCAAUCACACCCGAACAAAGAUUCCUCCCCGACCGACCCUCUCUCCUCCCAUCCGACGGCGACGCAGUCGUAUCCCUCCUCUCAGACCAGACCUUCGAUCCCGAAUUCCCUCCCACAGCCGACGAGCCCGCCGAGCUCGUCGAAACAGAGCUGCUACCAAUGCAACUCACAACCGAAGAAAAACAAAUGAUCGAGUCCUUCCGUCGUUUCACACCCCCGACAUCGUCCGGCAAUAACACAUUGACAUCCCGCAGUCUAGUCCCGGACAUUGGCGACUUUCUAGACACCCUCCCAUCAGAAAGUCACUCUGACGUAGCCACCCUGCGAGACACCGUGCUGACCGGUCUCCCCGGCGCAGCAGACUGGCUGAGUGUCGAGGACCGAUACCACGACGAAGUCUGGGGCUACCUGCGCCCUACGCUAGAGGCUGCGGCCAAGGAACUGGAAUCCAAUAAGGAGUCCGGAAGCACGGAGGAGGGGCCUGCCGUGCGACGUCUGAAGAUGAUCUUGAGGCACAUGCAGCAAUGA